AUGAGUGAUAUUUUACAGAAAUAUUUUCCAUCAUCAUCACCUGCCAAAUUAGCUGAUCUAAAAUCAACGGUUGAUUUGCUUACAUCGAUAACAUUCUUUCGUAUGAAAGUAUUGGAAUUGGCCAGUCCACCACGUGCUUCAAAUGUUGUAAGUGAAUGCGCAAAAGCUUGCAUGCAGGCAACGUAUCAAUUAAUGUUUGAAAGUUGCUGUGAAGAUGGUGGCCCAUCGACGGAUAGUGUAAAUUUUUGGUUUGAUUUUCUUGAUUAUAUGAUGCGAGUGAUUGAGGAUGAUAAGAAUAUUUAUACGCCCGUGUUGAAUCAAUUCCCGCAGGAAUUAAGCGUGGGGAAUUUAUCAGCGGCAACAUUAUGGCAAUUGUACAAAACUGAUUUACAAAUGGCUUUAGAAG